CACACAAAAUAGAAGCAGUUCUUGUCUCUUACCAGACAUCUUCACCCGUGAGACAACCAAUGAGCCUCCCUGCACCGCCAGUUAAUUUCAAGUGACUUGUUUCCAACCAGGGGGCUUAUGGGAAGUGGUCCUCAUGGCAACCACUGUAAAUAUUAGCCUCCCUCCUCUUGCUAGUCGCGACUUUGCGUAAGCGGCGAAUUAGGACAAAAUGGCAAGCGAAGCCCGCGUUGGGGACAGUUUUUUGGAGAGGGUAACGUCCAUGCAGCAACGCAUGCACCAAAGGGAGAAACAAAGGAUACAGUUGGAAAAGCAGCUGUUUUCUUACUCCAAACCUAAUAAUAAACGAAUCUCUCACAUAAAGGGCUAUCUCAAGCAAAUCUGUGUCAGGGAAGCACAAGCGAAAAUGAGAAACCUUGAGCUUUUGAGAGAUGUGGAGUGCCUUCAAAUUAGCAUGCAGGAAUACACCCCAGACUUUUUCCCUUUGCAACAACAAAAGGCUGAGUUUGCAAGUAAAAUUGCUAGAUUUAUUGAAGAAAUGAAAACAACAGGAAAAGAAAAGCUGAAACCUACACAACGCAAUUGCAAAGACAGCUCGGUCCUUCACAUAGCAGAUGAUUUUACAAAAGCACCUGCGGUCAUUUCGAUGGGCCGCCAAACCAAAGGGUCCCGUAUACUUUCACACCAAACAUUGCACCGUUCACCCAAACGGAGCACGCACUCUCUCGAACGACCACCAAGUGGCCUUUUGAAGGACUCUGAAGUUGUCAGAGAGGAUGCUGCUGUCAAUCAAGCACAUUUAUCAGAUGACAAUUCAGCUUCAGACAAUUCUUCCGACGGCUGCAAUUUGAGAGACAAACACACAAAAAUGUCAGUAACUCCUCAAUCUAGUUGCGCUACAACAAUAGUACCUGGCAACAUGCUUUUUGCCAAUGAGGAUGGACAAGAACCUGCUCCCCUGGUAACCUUGAAGAGUCCCCAAAGGAAUCUAUCUCUAGGCAGCAGCAAUAAGUCAAUGAAGCUCAAGAAUCCCCCUGCUGAAUAUGCUAACUCCGGAGAAAUUGCUCCUCAGGCGCCCUUAAAGGGAGAUUUAGGAAGAGGUUUUAGCCAUUUGAUGCCUGAAACCUCUGGAAGAAAAGAAGUCAUGAAUGCCCAAGGCAUAUCUAGGAGUAUUAGUUUAAGCUCUGAUGCGCAGUUGUCCGAGAGCAGUGUAAGUGACCUGUCCAUUUCUCUGACACAAUCGGAGCCGGAGGAAGAUGAUCAUCCUGAGAGUGAAGGAAGCUGGUGUGGCCUUGUCACUACCUUCAAGUCAAAUGGGUCUAAGAAAACCCCUCACAAUAGGUGUGACAGACUUUCCCUGGAAGGACUCUUUAAACUGCUAGACUCCAUUGAAUGUCGAAUCCAUGGUGAACAAACAAGGGUUUAUGGAGGUUCUUCAUUUGAUGAAAGACAUCUAAUUCGCAUUAUCAGCCUUUGUGACACCGGACUGGGUUUGAAUGAGGAAGACCUUGAAGCAUGUGGUGCAGUGGUGCUUCAUGAGCUUCAGGGGUUGUCAUGGAGCACAACGAAGGGCUGCCUGUUAACACAGGAGCUAGUGAGUGCACACCAGCCCACAGCUGAGCAUAUUACUAUCAGACUCCCUCCUGAUGCAGCUCAGCUGUGGGAUCGCUGGUUCAAGCAUGCCCUUCUGCUCAAGGAGAGCCGUGUCCUCAGCACUGAGCGCUUGGUCGAGCUGUUCACGCCGCUGCUUGUGGAGCGUCAUGCAACAUACAGCCACCAGGCCGAAGUGCUGCUGAGGACACUUCUGACCCAGUCCAGUGAGGAGUGCCCCUCAGCAGACGAUGAGAGUGACUCGUCGUCGUCGUCGUCGUCGUCAUUGUCUUCUUGUGGCCCUCUUUUUCAUCGUGGAGCUGUGAAGCCUGCCGGUCAGAUUCAAAAGCAACAGAUCAAAGAACUACAAAGUGCUGAAGAGGACAACCAGGACGAAAGCCCUGUGGAAAGUGUUCCUAUUAGAGAGACAAAAGCAUAUCAGUUACUUAAACUGUCAGCCAUGCAAGAACAGCUGCAGAGUUCUGAAGACGAGGAGGAAGAAAAUGGAGAGGAGGAUGACUUCUCAGGAAUAAAUCAUGGCUAUGAAGUGGACCUUGGGAGGGCCAAACGCUACUCAGAUCAAGACCCUUACUCUCGGAAGGACAAGGUGAACCCAAAGAUUUAUUCUGCUCUGCAGUCAAGUGCAUUCUGGGGAGAGUCAGAUGACAACAACUCAGACAUCGAAGCAGCUUUGUGUCCUCAACCUUUCAACAGGAAUGACAGCGACGACACAGACGACUUCUAUGACUGAUAGAUUGAGAUAUGUUUUUGACAAUAACUGUGUUGAUAUCAAAGCACCCAUUCACAGAGCUUGACUAACAUAUAGUACUUUACAUCUCGACCGCUUUAUUAGUGGUCAGCAUUGUAAACUCAGUACAGGUGUCGUAGAAACAAAUAAAGUUGACGACUCUUA